AAACUGGCAACGACGCGGGCGGGGAAGCCACAGCCGCAUAUAUAUAAAGGGCGCGCGCAGAGGACAUAUAAUAAUUAUAACAUCACAAGCCGAGCUGGUCUGCUGGACGCGAUACUUCUCUCUCCAGAAUGAAGCUGUGCGCCGUGCUCGUGGGGCUGUGCUGCCUCGCCCUCGCUCCGGCAGGGACCCAGGCCUCCAGCGUGAAGGAGCGAGUCAAGAGGGACGGGGGAGUCAUCACUGCUGCCCUCAUCAGCGCUGGCGCCACACUCGUGUCCGGCAACGGAGGCCCGUCGUCCACAUGGCAGCUGCCCUCAGGGCGAAAGAUCAUCGCCGACAACUGCUGGCAGGACGGCUCGGGGCCCUGCGCCAAUGGCAACUGCCUGGACGACGAUGGGCGAAAGGGCUUCAUCAUCAAGGAGACCACGGUGUCGUGCAAGUGGUUCUGCGCGUGGAGGGCCCACUGCAAGACCCAGAUCUGCUGCGCCUGACCAGGCUGCUGCCGUGCCCUGCUCCCUCUGGCUCUAGUCCCCGAGUCUGCUGGUCGUGACCUGCUUCUUGGGGCUGAAUUGACCUCUCGCUUUGCGCCCUCGAUCCUGUCCACGGUAGUCAAGCAAGCUGUUCUUUCAGUUUGGAAAAGACAAUCCAAGUUUCGCUUUCACAGCAUCUGGUAGAGAGAACACGACUUUUUCUGUCACCGGAAACUGCUUGAGCCUCACUGCCAAGCCAAGUCUUUAUCAAUAAAUUUGCUUUCCAU